AUGCAACAUCAGCAGCAGCAGCCGCCGCAUCAUGCCAGAACAUUGGAGGCUUCGGCAGCUGCCCAUACAUCUGGCGGUGCAUCGUAUGAUGGAAAAAUUGCUGGUCUUUACGAUUUGGAAGAAACGCUGGGUUCGGGCCACUUUGCUGUAGUAAAAUUGGCACGACAUGUUUUCACCGGAGCCAAAGUUGCCGUCAAGGUGGUGGACAAAACGAAACUGGAUGAAGUCUCUAAGGCUCAUCUGUUUCAGGAAGUUAGAUGCAUGAAACUUGUACAGCAUCCCAAUGUUGUACGUCUCUACGAAGUUAUCGAUACCCAAACAAAAUUAUAUUUAGUAUUGGAACUGGGCGAUGGUGGCGAUCUUUAUGACUACAUUAUGAAACAUGAUGGUGGGCUGAGUGAAAAUUUGGCACGGAAAUAUUUUCGACAAAUUUUGCGAGCAAUUACCUACUGUCAUCAGUUGCAUGUGGUACAUAGAGAUCUCAAGCCGGAAAAUGUGGUAUUCUUUGAAAAACUGGGCGUUGUCAAACUAACCGAUUUCGGUUUUAGUAAUAAAUUUUCUCCUGGACAAAAAUUGGAAACGUUUUGUGGCAGUUUGGCAUAUUCUGCACCGGAAAUAUUGUUGGGUGAUUCAUAUGAUGCUCCGGCUGUGGAUAUUUGGUCCUUGGGCGUCAUACUCUAUAUGUUGGUGUGCGGCCAACCCCCCUUUGAAAAAGCCAAUGAUUCAGAAACCCUAACCAUGAUUAUGGACUGUAAAUACAGUGUACCACCGCAGGUGUCACGAUCAUGUCGUAAACUAAUUGCCUCCAUGUUAGUGCGAGAUCCCAAAAAGCGGGCAACACUCGAACAAAUUUCCGCCGAUGAAUGGGUCAAUGAAAUGAGUACAGCAAACGAUGCAAUGGAUUCGCUACCUUUGAUCAGCCGGGAACAACUUAGCGAGGAGGAUCAUGCCUUCAUAAUACAGAAAAUGAUCAAUGGCAAUAUUGCACCCAAAGAGGAGAUUCUGCAAGCACUGGAUAAAAACAAAUAUAAUCACAUAACUGCAACCUAUUUCCUAUUGGCCGAAAUGCGUUUGCGCAAAAGACGCGAGGAACAACACCUCAAGCAUAAUCCCCAUUUGGCCUCAUCGCUGCAGGGGAAAAAAAAUCUCAUGGGUGGACGUGCUCAAGUGCCGGAUAAAAAAACUGGUGGCCUAGUUGGUGGUAGUAUUGGUGGCAAGCCAAUGAUGGUGCCAAUUAAUAUUGUUUGUGCACCGGCGGAACCAAUGCAAAAUGAUUUAAAAACGGACAAACGUACACGCAAAUGUAGCAUUGUACGCGAAGAGGACGAAGAGGAAUCAUCCCACGAACUCUCAUCGGAGGGUAAUGAAUUGAAAGUGGCCAUCACCAGACGUGAGUCAAUAUCUGAUGGCCGUCUUAAUCGUUCUGUUCAAGAGAAAUGUUCUAAUAUUGUCUCCUCCACAGCCUCGAACAAAACGGGUGGUGGCAAUGGAGGAGGCGGCUGCGGCGGCGAUGCCGAUGACAAUGAUGCCGUUAUGGAUACACCAACCAAAAUGGUUGUAUCGGUCGAUGCUGCGCUGGCGCAUAAACUUAAACAAAUCGACAAAGAUACAACAAUGACGGUUGUUGAUAACGCCGCUACUAUCGCACCACAUGACAACUCGGCGGAAAAUAAUGCUGAAAAAUCUUCCGAAAUGGAAGACACCCUGCGUGGCCUCAAAGAAUUGGAAAUUGGCAAACUGAAACAUUUGCCGGGUAAAAAUCCCGUACUCACCCAUAGACGACAUUCGAAGCUGAAUAAAAUACGUACACCAUCGUGUAGCAGUUCCGAGGCCUCAGACGAUGACACCAAAAGUCGUAGCAAUAAAAAGAAAAUCCAUAAAUUGGGUGGUGAUACCCCGACCCGGUUUCGUAUGCAUCGGCGUGAUUCACAUGAUGAUUCCAGUGAUUCACAGGAUCAAGGAUUUCCAACAGCAGGAGGGGGUGGUGGUGGCGGCGGUACACAUGGCGGUGGCCACGAUUUAAUAACAUCAACAAAUGUCAGUAAUAAACGGGAAAGUCAAAAUCAUCAGCAAAACAAAUCGGAUUCCGAUUCCCGUAACAAAUCAUCCCAUGGUCAUCAUCAUCAUAAACACCAUAAACACAAUAAAACCACAACAACAACAGCAACAACCGAUAAAGUCCACAACUCACUGGUUGAGUCGUCGAAAUCAUCAUCGGGAAUAAUUCCUCUGAAUCCGAAUCAGAAUGCUGUUACCAAUAUACGAAUACGUCGUCGAAUACGCGAAAGUCAAUCAUUAGAUCGCAUUACGGAGGCUCAAGAAUAUGAAAUGCGUCAUCAGUAUAAUUAUCAUCAUCAUCGUUUUUCAUAUUCGGAAAAUGGAGGUGGUGGCUGUGGUGGCGAACAAAGAAAUUCCCUAUUUAAUUUACAUACCUUUCCCGAAACUAAGGAAGAUGAUGAUGAUGAGGAGGACUGUGGUGGUGUUGGCGUUGAUGGUGUUGACACGAUUAGCAAUGGUGAAAACAAUUCCGAUUUUGCCAAUCAAGCUGAGCAAUUGAGAAACUCCUUGAAUACCCUGAAACUGAUAGGUGGCAUUAGUGGUGGUGGCGGCGAUGCGGAUAAAAAUGCCACCGAUUACAAUCAUUCGAAUAGCAGUAGCCUAAAAUCAUCAUCUCAUACCCAUAGUUCCGCUAGUAGUAGCAUUUAUAAAUUAAAUUCCAUAGAAGAAAUCGAUUUGAUUAUCAAAGAGAAGAGUCUGGCAAAAACCCUACAGGCGACCAGUUCAAAGUGUUUUGUGACCAUCCGGAAGAUACGUAAAUUAGGCAAAUAUUUUCCAGUUGUUAAUUUUUCGUAA